AGUUCCGGUCUUUUUAGGUAACCAUAACAAACAUGGCGACUUACAGGCAGGUCGGCAGGUUGUUGGUUAUUUCAGCAAGACUUACGCGUCCUGUUGCUGGCUGUGGAUAUCAGAGCGCCGGAUUACACUGGCCUUCACACAACACCAGAAUCUCAAACAUAUGGCCACAAAACCCCCAAUGGGUUGUUCCCGGAAGGACCAUGUUUGUGCAGACGCAGGACACACCAAAUCCAAACAGCCUAAAGUUUCUGCCUGGUCGUACAGUUCUUGAAGCAGGAACUAUGAAUUUUGCCGGCCCUCGUGAUGCAUUCUGCUCACCCUUAGCCAGACAGCUGUUUAGGAUUGAUGGAGUCAAAAGUGUCUUCCUGGGCAACGACUUCAUCACCAUAACAAGGGCUGAUGCAAACAUGGAAUGGAAAGUAAUCAAACCUGAUGUAUAUGCUGCCAUUAUGGACUUUUUCACCUCUGGACUUCCUGUUGUCAGUGAGGACAGCAAACCUAAUGCAGAUACAGCAAUAUCAGAUGACGAUGAUGAAGUAGUUGCCAUGAUCAAAGAGCUGCUGGAUACUCGAAUAAGACCAACAGUGCAGGAGGAUGGAGGUGAUGUUCUGUAUCGAGGGUUUGAGGACGGCAUUGUUAAACUGAAGCUGCAGGGCUCCUGCACCAGUUGUCCCAGUUCCAUUGUUACUUUGAAAAGUGGAAUCCAAAACAUGCUGCAGUUUUACGUCCCCGAAGUUGAGUCAGUGGAGCAGGUGAAGGAUGAGGAAGAGGAGAGGGAUGCUCAAGGUUGAACUACACGGAAACCAGAACCACAUUUACACAUUCCUCUCUCCCCCGGUCACCUGCUUGACUUGCAGUAAAUUGAGCUGUUGUAUAGCAUGGCUGUGUGAAAGACCUCAUCAUCAUUGUCAUCAUCAUUCAUCCAGAUGUGAUUAUUGAUUUUGCUAGCUGUUUUAUGUAAAAUGACAGUAUUUCACAAAAUAUGGGACAGAAGAACACAGCCAUAGAAACUGAUGACUAUAGAGCUGAAACAAAUUCAGCUUAUUAUUUAACACUGUUACACAUUUUCUGAAUCAGUCACUAGUCAAAACAGCCUGUAGGUUUAAAAUAUAUAUACAGUGCUGUUUGUUUGUAAAUAAAGUUUAUUGAAAUAUUUUA